CGUGCAGAAUCCAGCUUGCACAUCGCAGCCAAUGAGUUGUAGCUGACCCACCUCAGGGGGCCACCUGCAUGUAGAACAUGUGUUCACUGGCCUGAGGAUCCAGGCGCAUAUAGCGAGAGGCAAGUCUGACCGGCUAACUAGUCCACAGUAUUAUUUCAGCAUACUUCUCAGCACACCCAUUAAAGCCUCAAAGAAUGACACACAGCCCGCAGAACAACGACCAUGCUCUCGAGGUUCUUGGCGAGGACCUUUGGGCGCGCCUAACGCCUGGGCUCAUCCAUGAAAUUGCUAGCUACUUACAUCCUAAUGACGUAUGUAGCAGCCUCAAGCCGCUCAACCGCGAGACAGCGAUUUGCCUCCGCGACAGCUUUUGCACGUUUGUUUUGAGCAGCAAACAAGAGGACCCUGACGCGCCAUGUCGAGCGGAGCAGCCCUGGCCGGGCCGGGCCUUCGUGGCGCACUGGGGCGGGCCCGGCCCCUGGCGCAGCCUCAGCCUACGCCAACGUCGCCGGCUGCUGUGCCUAGCGGCCUCGUCGGGCCACCUGCCCAGCCUGGACGCGGCGCUGGCGCAGUGCGGCUGCACAUGGCAGGAGGAGAUUCUGAUUGCAGCAGCGGCAGUCGGCAGCGUGGCGGCUUGCGAGCGGCUGCUGGGCGCGGGCGGUGCAAUGGACAAACGCGCUCUUGCCGCCGCUGCGGUGGGUGGCCACGUGCCCGUGCUGCGGCUGCUGCUCGAUAAGAUCCGGGAUUUGGGCGACGCAAACGCCGAAAACGAAAUGCUUAUGGGCAUUAUGCCAGGUCGCGGCGCCUGCUCAGCAGCAGCGUGGGCGGGGCAGCUGCCGGCGCUGCAGCUGCUGAUGGAUUCGGCCGCCAUCGGUGCUGUCCGCACAACGGUGAUCGGGGAGGCAGCGGCGGGCGCCUGCGAGGGCGGGCAGCAGGACAUCCUCGUCUGGCUGCAGCAGGCGCACGGCUACAGCCUCAGUCUGGGAGACGCAGUAGCAGCGGCGCGGGAGGGCCAGGUGGCGUUGCUGGAGCAGAUACUGCAGCAGGUGCUACAGCAGGCGGAUCGCUUGGAAGCGGAAGCGGCACCUGACGGAAAUGACUCAGAGCAAAAGCGGGUGAGCAGGAGGGAUGUGCUUAGAGCUAUCACCGCCAGCUGCCCUGUGGAGGUCCUGCAGCGGCAUUACGACCGAUUGUGGUCUCUGCCGGCGAGCGAGAACCCGAACGAGGGACCCGGUGAAGACGCAGCAGCAGCAGAGGCAGCAGCAUUCAGUGGCAACAUACGGCUGCAACUCCUGGCAGUUAUCGCGGGCAGCGGCAUGGCCUGCUGGGGCCGUAAGCUGGACUUUUUCCUGUCGGCUUGGGGCCCAGACGUGGUUGCGCGCGAGCUGCAGCGGGACGCCGAGGGCUCCUUUGCGUACAUCCCCAGAUUGGCGGCGUCGCGACCGGACUGCAAACAGCGGCUGCGGCGCCUGCACGCAGCGGGCAUGCCCCUGGGAUUGCAGGUGAUGCAGUAUGCAUCUGAGCACGGGCAUUUCGACGCGUUCACCUACUUCUUAGACGAGGCUGGCGCACACGCAUCAGCCAUAGACGUGGCGAUUGUGCGGGACUUCGCGUUUGCGCGCGGGCGUGCCUACGCAAACCUGCAGCAGCUGUUAGGGCUGCUGACGGAGCGUGGCUACACGUUCAAAGUAGCAGACGUCAAGAUGGCAGCAAGCUGGGGCUGGCCGGAGCAGCCACUCCUGGCGGUGAUUCAGAUGGUUGUGCAUGGCGACACAGAAGAAGACACUGUCAGCCACUGGUCAGAAGCAUUCGUGUGCGCCGCCCAUGCCGGCGCCGGCAUUCGUGUGCUGCAGGCGCUGCGGGCGCGCGGCGCGGCUGUGGACCUGGCGGCGGUUGCGGCGGGCGGCAGCGAGGAGGCACUGGACUGGGCGGCGGCGGAGCUGGAGGCGGAGGGGCAGGGAGGCAGCUGUGAUGGCGUGCUGCUGACCCCGCUGGGCAAGGCCGAUGCAAAGAUCGUUUACAAGCGCGGCAACCUCGCCGCACUGCGUUGGCUGCACCGGCGCGGACUGCUGGACGGCCGCAGUGUGAGCUGGCUGGCUGGCCGCGUGGAGCUCGCGCGGGCUGGGGAGGCAAGGAACAGCAGCGCGCUGUGAGGGUGCGGCGGUAUGCAUGCGUCCGCCUGCCCGCCGGCUGCUGAGAGCCUGACGCACGCCGAUCCGGGGUCGGAGGAAGAUGGAGGUGACAGUUUUGUGGCGGUACCGUCUAGAUUAAGAUGUGUCCAUGCAUGUUUUUGUGACCCGGCGGCCCUGCCGCCGUAGUGCAAGGCUGUGCGCCCCGACGGCCGCAAGGCCCAAGCGCCCACUGGGUGUGUGCUCGGUGCCAAGAGGCACUGGCUCGUUUGGCAGAGGCGGCCUGAUGGUGGCUGAUUGUCUGUGGCGUGUCCUGCCCUCCGGGCCUUCCAAAUGUGCUCAAGGGCAUGUGCCCCGAGUGCUGUCGAUGUGGCUUCAUUUGGGAGGAGCAGGAUUAGCACAGGUUGGACACUCAAGCGAUGGAGCAACGGAGGACAGCUUGGGUAGGUGACGGACUGACGGUUGCUUGGCGACUGCAGGAACCGGCAUGAGUCAGGGCAGGCUGGCAGCGCACCUCUGGAUACAAAGCGGAUACGGCAGGCCAAGCAUAUUUCUUUCUAGCAGGCGCAAGUUUAAGCGUUUCCCAGCUUGCUUGCCGCGAGGGUACUCGCUCCGUACACGGUAUCUGCGCGUCUGCUGGGAGCUUUGGUUUUGGCAGUGGAGGUGAAGGGGUAACCGAUACCGUAUUUAGUGGUGUCAUUAGAACUGAGGAGCGUUGUAGACUGUAGAGACAUCGCCGGCGCGCGGGCUUUCCAGGUCCCAACCAGAUCCCGAUUUCGCCUGGGCACCGUAGCAAAAAAUGCGGGCACAUUACCGCUGUACGAGAGACCGCAGGCAGCUCCAGAGUCCAGACGGCGCUGGACAUGUGUGGGCCAUGUAGUAUUUCUUCCACGUAAUAGCAUGCUAUCAACGCAAUCGAAAUAUUCUGGCGUCGCGUGGUUACGGGCAAGGGCGAGGGCGAAGCGGCCACGCGUGCUCACACCUCUACCG